AUGCCUGGCCUAAGGACAGCGGUGCGCAGCGUCCGGCAGCCCUUCGACCCGGCGCAGUUCAACUUCACGCAGAUCCGGCCGGCCGAGGUCCUCUUCGCCCUGGCGCCCCGCCGGCGGGAGGGCGGGGAGGAGGGCCCGCGGGUGCUGGUGGCCAUCAACGUCAGUCCGCUGGAGCGGGGCCACGUGCUGCUGGUGCCGGAGCCGGCGCUGGGCCUGGCGCAGGUGCUGACGGCGGGGGCGCUGCUGGCCGGCCUGGAGGCGCUGCUGCUCAGCGGGCACCCGGGCCUCCGCGUGGGCUUCAACAGCCUGGGCGCCUGCGCCUCCGUCAACCACCUCCACCUCCACGCCUACUACCUGGGCCGCCCGCUCCGCGUCGAGGACGCGCCCGCCCGCCCCCUCCGCCCCGCCGCCGGCCUCUACCUGCUCGACGGCGCCAGCGGCGUCCCGGCCCCGGGCCUCCUCCUCUACGCCGACGGGCGGCGGCCGCGGGGGCGGGCCCGCCGCGUCUGCCGCCUCACCGACCACCUGGCCGCCCGCGGGGUCGCCCACAACCUCUUCGCCACGCGGGGGGCCGGGCCGGAGGGGCCGGCCUCCGCGCGCCCGGGCCUCCGCGUCCUCCUCUGGCCCCGCCGCGCCUCCUUCGGCGCCAAGGAAGGGGCCGCCUUCAACGUCGCCCUCUGCGAGCUGGCCGGGCACCUGCCCCUCAAGGCGGCCGCCGACUUCGAGGCCCUCACCGAGGCCCACGCCCUCCGCCUCAUCCGCGACUGCCUCCUGCCCGAGGCCGACUUCGCCCAGCUCCUGCCGGACCUCCUGGCCCUCCUCCCCGCCGAGGACUGACUCGCCGGCCGCCAACUGCCCCUGGACUCUCCC